AUGACUGGCGUCGAGGCACCCCAGUACCUUAGCCAGCACUUACAAUUAAAAGCGUAUGUCCCACUGGUCGCGUCGUCCACAGUUCUUCCUCUUGUUUCACGUGCAGCAGGACACAUCCUUUCUCUUCCUCCUCUAGUUAAUUCUAACUUCUGUCGCGUUACGGAACAGACGAAAAACGUCUUCAUCGGAUGCACGGCUGCUAAAGUCGUGUUAAACACGGUAGUUGCGACGUUCUCUGAAUACUCCGCGACCCCGUAUACGAUCGAGCCGAUACUUGCUGUCCGUGAGGGACAAGAAGAACAGGGAAUGGCAAAGAAAGCAGAAGUGAAAGAAAUGCAACAUGAGAAGCACGCAGAAGGAGAGGGGACGGAGUGGAAGACGGAGGAGAACCAGCAGCAGCAGAAGUCGGGGCAGAAGCCAGCCGCUGCGGAUGAAGAAGAGCAAGGAGCCUCGGGCACCACAAAAACUGCUCACUCGUAUUCUUCCUACGGAGGAGUUUACCCACAAGUCGAAGGGUAG